CCCUGCCCCGUGGGCACCAUGGUGCCGCCGGACGUGCUGCUGACCAAGCCGCCCGCCCCGCAGACGGUGCCCGCUCACGAGCUGCCCCGCAAGGAGCACGAGGUGGCCCGCAACACGGGCGCCCACACGUCCGCCGGCCUGGCCACCGCCGGCUUCCGCACGGCCAAGUACCUGGAGGACGAGUGGUGCCAGGGCUGCUACGCCCGCUACUACCAGGCCUUCGCCGACCGCGACGGGUCCGAGCGGCUGCGCCACGAGAGCGGGCGGCGGCUGCAGGGCGCCCUGGACGCCGUGGCCUCGCCCCUGGCCAUCGCCACCGACAACCUGCAGAGUCGGGAGCGCCGCCAGCACCCCGACCUCGUGCGGGACCCCGCGGAGCUGGAGCUGCUGAAGGAGGCUGAGCUCAUCAGGAACAUUCAGGAGCUUCUGAAGAGGACCAUCGUGCAGGCCAUGGGCCAGAUCCGGCUGAACCGUGAGCACAAGGAGACCUGCGAGAUGAACUGGUCGGACAAGGUGGAGGCCUACAACAUCGACGAGGCCUGCACUCGCCUGCACAACCAGAGCCCCGACGCGCGGUUCCACCCGCACUCGGCUGUCCUGGAGGAGAGCGCCUCCACGCCCGAGUCGUGGGCUAAGUUCACCCAGGAGAUUCUGUCCCGCGCGGAGCGCGAGCGCCUGGCGUCCGUGAACCUGCGGGCGCUCAUCGACUGUAUCCUGCGGGACACGGCGGAGGACCUGCGGCUGCAGAGUGACGCCGUGAACCUGGCCCUCGGGCGCCGCUGCGAAGAGCUGGAGGACUCGCGCCUCAAGCUGGAGCAUCACCUGCACAAGACGCUGCGGGAGAUCACGGAGCAGGAGCACAACGUGGCGGCGUUGAAGCAGGCCAUCAAGGACAAGGAGGCGCCGCUGAGGGUGGCGCAGACCCGCCUGUACCAGCGGUCCUUCCGGCCCAACGUGGAGCUGUGCCGCGACGCUGCCCAGUUCAGAGGGGGCCUGGGGCGGCUGCUGGGCCCCCCAGUAGGGCUUGGUGUGGCCAAGGCGCCCUGCGCCUCAUCCUUGGGCUACUGGGCAGCACUGGGCAGCACUGGGCAGCACUGGGCAGCCCUGCCCUGGGGGCAGGCGUGCGCCGCAGCCGUGGGGGCCUCGCAGUGUGGCCCCCGGGGCAGAGGCCGCUCCUACCACGAGCCCCGUUGGUCCUCGGUGGACAGGAUCCCAUGA